AUGUCCAGCCGGACGUUGGUAUCGGAAAAUGACGCGAGGCACGCUGCCUUCGACAAGAUUCUCCAUGGCGCAUCGUCCGAGUCCCGCGGCGGCUUGCGUGCCAUGAUGGGCAAGGACCGAGGCGCCAACGAGGCGGCCGUGAAGGAGUAUUUCCAACACUGGGACAACAAAAAGGCCCAGGACGAGACCGAGGCCGUCCGCCAGGCUCGAGCCGACGACUACGCUAGCCUGACUAGACAGUAUGGCUUACUUGCAACCCCUUCCCGUGCCCCUUCUCGCACGAGUGUACCUUUGUACCGGUACUACAAUAUCGCGACGGAUUUUUACGAAAACGCCUGGGGCGAGUCGUUCCACUUUUGCCGCUUCGCGCACGGCGAGGCAUUCCCCCAGGCGAUCGCCCGGCACGAGCACCUUCUCGCCGCGCACGUCGGCCUCAGGAAGGGCAUGAAAGUGCUGGACGUCGGCUGCGGCGUGGGCGGCCCAGCGCGCGAGAUGGUCAAGUUUGCAGGAUGCCACGUCACCGGGCUCAACAUCAACGAGUACCAGGUCCAGCGGGCCAAGUCGUACGCCGAGAAGGAGGGACUGGCCGAGAGGCUGGAUUUCGUCCAAGGGGACUUUAUGAAAAUGCCGUUUCCGGAUGACUCCUUUGACGCCGUGUACGUGAUUGAAGCGACGUGCCAUGCGCCCUCGCUCGUUGGCGUAUACCGCGAGAUCAACCGCGUUCUCAAACCAGGCGGCAUGUUUGGCGUCUACGAAUGGCUCAUGACGGAGACUUAUGAUAACGAGGACCUUGAACAUCGCCGAAUCAGACUUGAUAUUGAACAGGGAGACGGUAUCCCGCAGAUGUUUGGGGCACGUGAGGGACUGGCGGCUAUAAGGGAGGCCGGCUUCGAGCUGGUCUACCAUGAGGAUCUCGCGGCCACGGACAGCGGUCCCGCGCCAUGGUACUGGCCGCUCGGGUCAGAUCUGAGUUACGCGCAGAAUUUUUGGGAUGCGCUGACCGUCUUGAGAAUGAACCGCUGGGGGAGGGUGGUGGCGCAUGCGUUUUUGCAAGCCCUUGAGAUGGCGAGGAUUGUGCCGUCUGGCACAAAGAAGACGGCCGAGAGUCUGGGCAGGGCGGCCGACGCCUUGGUCGAGGGCGGGAAAAGGAAGUUGUUCACUCCCAUGUAUCUGAUGGUUGGGAAGAAGCCGGGGGUGGCUUGA